CAGUUCGGCGAUGCCGGCGGCGGUUGCGGCGGCGGCGGGCGACGAUCGGCCUGGCGUGGCCGAGUGGCUGGCCGGGCGCUCGGUGCUGGUGACGGGGGCCACGGGCUUCCUGGGCCAACUGCUUGUGGAGAAGCUGCUGCGCUCCUGCCCCGAGGUGGCCACCAUCUACUUGCUGGUGCGCGAGCGGCGCGGGGAACCGCCGCAGAAGCGAAUCGACCGCAUCCUCGACGACCAGCUGUUCGAUCGUGUGCGCUGCCGCCGGGACAAGUUGGUGCUGGUGUCCGGCGAUCUGAGCGAGCCCGACCUGGGGCUGAAGCCGGAGGACCGCGCGAAGCUGGUGCGGAGCGUCAACGUGAUUCUCCACAGCGCCGCUACGGUGCGCUUCGACGCGCCGCUGCGCACGGCCGCCGCCAUCAACGUGCGCGCCACCAGGGAGCUGCUGCGCCUGGCGCACGAAAUGAAGGGGCUGCUGGAGCGCGUGUACAAACCGCGCAUGAGCUGCGACCAAUUGUUGAACAUCGUCGAAGCUCUGGACGACGAAACCUUGGACCGUAUCACCCCCGAGUUAAUGAGACCUUGGCCUAAUUCAUAUGUCUUCACGAAGGCCAUUGCAGAGGACGUGGUGUUGCGAGAAAGCAAAGGUCUUCCUGUGUGUGUGAUUAGACCAUCUAUGGUUGUUGGUACUAGCCAAGAGCCGGUACCAGGAUGGAUCAACAACAUCAAUGGACCUGCAGGUGUAAUGAUUGGUUCCGGUUUGGGGCUUUUGCGUACCCUUCAUUUAGACACCGAAAUUUCCGAUUUGAUUCCGGCUGACCUAGUGACCAACACUAUUUGUGCCGCUGCCUGGAGGACUGCAAAUAGCAGGCGAGAAGGCGAAGAAAUACCUGUUUACAAUUGCGUGUCGUCUGCAAGAAAUCCCAUCUCAUGGGACAAGGUUUUUGAGAUCAGCAUGGAAAAUGGUUUUCAUUAUCCAAGUGAACAUUGUAUAUGGUAUUUUUGCUUAUUCAGAAACAAAAGCUUGUUAAUGCAUUACAUUCUUCGCGUCUUAUUACACUUAAUUCCGGCAAUUAUCGUCGACACGUUUCUGAGGAUUGCUGGCAAGAAACCCAUGUUAUGGAAAGCGUACGGAAAAAUCCACAAAUUUCUGGACAUUACCGACUACUUUAGAUCGCACGAAUGGACAUUUACGGACACCAAUAUGCAAAGCUUGUGGAGUGAACUAAAAGAAAGUGAUAAGAAGAUUUUUCCUUGCAACGCUGCGGAUUUGGAUUGGGAGGAGAAUAUAAAAAAUUGGAUUCCUGGCAUGCGGAUGUAUUUUCUCAAGGAUCCCUUGAAUACCGUAGAAAAGGCCAAAGUGAAAUAUAACAGGCUCAAACUGAUGCACUACACUCUUGUUGCUGCACUUUGGCUACUGAAUAGAUGUAUUAUUAAUAAAAUAUAA